AUGCCUCCUCAACCUAAUACAAAUCCGAAUGGUCGACCACCAAUGACAAUGAAUGUAAAUGAAGGAAUGCAUAAUCCAAAUGUUCCAUUUUUUUCUCCAUCGGGACAACCAAUGAUGAAUCAGUAUCCACGUUAUCCAAAUGCUCCACCACGCUCACUUGUUCGAAUGCCACCACAACCUGAUUAUCUCGGUGGACCAAUUAUGCCACCCCAAAUGGAUUGUGGUCGAAACGGUCUACGAAUGACAUCUCCGGCUG